AUGGAGUAUUUAGAUCCCAUAUCGGAUGACUGCAUGAUUUCCCUGGGCCGUUGCUCGGUCGGUCUUCUCUGGUACGUCACAACCCGACCUCACACCAUUGCUACAUUGUUUGAUCAAGUCUUACGCUACCAGCUAUGGCGCUUCAUCAACACCACCACAGGCAAGGUGCACCUGGAAAGGCUCCAUCGCCAAUACGGCCCGAUUGUCCGCGUCUCGCCCAACGAGCUGUCAUUUGGCUCCGUUGAAUCCUGGAAGGCCAUAUACGGCGCCUCUAGCACGGAGCGGCGCAUCCCCCCUAAAGGCGAAUUCUGGGACAUUUUCGGCGCCGGCUUCGCCAAGUCGUGUAUCGCCAGCGAGCGCGACCCAGCCCGGCACGGCGAGAUGAAGAAGAUGCUGUCGGCCGCCUUCUCGCAGCGCUCGCUGCUGGAGCAGGAAGGCAUAGUGAGCGAAACGAUCGACCUGUUUGUGCGCAUUAUCGGCGAGGAGGCAGCGGCGGCGGAGCUAGGCCCAGCGGCGGGCCUCGACAUGGUGAAAUGGUUCGAUAUGGUCUCAUUCGAUGUCCUAGGCGAAAUGGCCUUUGGCGAGUCUUUUCACAGUUUGGAAAGCGGCUCCCGCCACUUUUGGUCGGCGCUCGUUGAAGAUCACAUGUACCUUGUUACACUAAUUGAUAACAUUGCCCACCUUGGCGCCGUGGCUAAGAUGAUGGGCUACCUGAUCCCCUCCCGGCUUCUCGUGAAGAAUAAAGUGUCGCAGUACAGCCGCGACAAAGUGGACAAAAUCUUGUCCUCUAACAGUCGCCGCAAGGACUUUAUCAGUCUCCUGGUAAGCAAGGUUCACAACGGAGAAAUGGACAAAGAAGAGCUGGCCGCUCACGUUUCUACACUGGUCAUCGCCGGCGGAGAGACAGUCGCCACGUCCUUGUCUGGCACCAUCUUUUUUCUCCUGCGACACCCGGAAAGGAUGAGACGGCUUACAAACGAGAUCCGGGACCGCUUCGCCCAGUACGAGGACAUCACGGCAGCCGAGGCGCAGAGGCUACCCUAUCUCCAAGCCGUCAUCAACGAAAGCCUGCGACUCUACCCCCCAGCCUCGCAGGGAUUUCCCCGCACAUCCCCGGGCUUUCAAGUUCAUGGGCAGCAUAUACCUGCCGGUACGGAGAUUUACACGAGUACAUGGACCGUCUCGCAUGACGAGCAGUACUUUUUGGAGCCCAUGUCCUUUCUCCCUGAGCGGUGGCUGGAUACGAAGACGACGGACAGGAGGGAGGCGAGCCAGCCGUUCUCUCUCGGCCCAAGAGGCUGCCUGGGACGAAACUUUGCCUGGAUGGAGAUCAACUUAAUUUUGAGCAAGAUGCUAUGGACGUACAAUCUGGAGCUUGUGGACCAGGAUAUUGACUUCGUGGGACUCGGGCACGUUUUCAUCAUGUGGUCGAAACCUAAGCUACAUGUCAAACUCAGAAAGAGCGCAGAGACUCUUAUUUGA